UUGAGCGCAGGUAAAAUGACCUGUGAGCCAGUGAGGGAUUUGGAAUUACUGCGCGCACCUGGACCCGACAACGACGCGCUUAUCACGCAACAGUUGUCAAAUCUAUAUGUACUUUACAUAAGUCAUAUUUAUAAAGGAAGCGCUAUUUGAAUACGUUUUAUCGGAGAGAUAACUAUGGCAACUAGUAUAGGACUGGCCAUGAAUCCUCCACACACAGAUGAGAGGGCUGUUUUCACGCAGCUGAAGCCUGUGCGGAUGUCUGGAGCCGACGGCGCAGAGGACUCGUCCGUGUUCGAGGAAGUGAAACCCGCGAUCCGGUUGGAGAUGGAAAAAUACCUCUCCCAGACCCCAGGCAGCCCCCUCAUCCCUCCCUCCAUGGCCCCCACCGACAAGAAGAACCGCAGAGAGAGCGCCUCGUUGGUGGACGAGUACUUCUCAGAGGAGAAGCCCAACACGGCCCCAUACAGCGUCAACAUCAACCUCAUCCUCCCCAACACCACCCACCUCCGCACUGGCCUGUACCGGCCCAACAAGCCUAACCAGCAGCACCACCAGGCCCACCAAAAUCACCUACUCCAACACAUCAAGACAGAGCCGGGUGUGGAUGUGCCAGUGCCCUGCUCCAUACAGACCAUCCAGACCUUGCCUGACUUCACGUCUGUCUUCAGCAUGCCCCAGACCGUCAACACCAUGUUUAUCAAACCCGACAUGGCUGCCGGUGGCCACCCAGUUUCAGACACACACACAGAGCUGUACAUUGGCCCCCAGAAACCACAGGUCUACCAGAUGCCUGUUCCUGUCAGUGGAGCUGACCUCACAAUGACCCUCUCCCACAGCAGCCAACCAGGGACCGGCGGAGCCAGCAACGGUAGAACCAUGAUAAACCUGAACAGCGUCUCCUUGACGACGGUGGGUCACGGCGGUGGUGACUCGUCGUUUGCGAUGCCGGAGCAUUUCUACCACCACCACACCACCGCAUCGCCCCAGUCCCAGCCCCACAGCCUACCUCCCUCACCCCCCAACUCCCAGCCGGGUAGUCCUGAGAACCAGGCAGAGCUGCUCACCCCUCCUCCCCCCUACCAGGCCUCCACGAGGCUGGGAUUGAAGGUCACCCAGAUGUCCCACCACUCCAUGCUCAUGGCCCAUGGACAGGGGGUGCUGACGGGACCCAGGUACAACCGACGGAACAACCCAGAGCUGGAGAAGAGACGGAUCCACUUCUGUGACUUCCCAGGCUGCACCAAGGUUUACACAAAGAGCUCUCACUUGAAAGCACACCAAAGGACACACACCGGAGAGAAACCAUACCGUUGCAGCUGGGAGGGCUGUGAUUGGCGUUUCGCCCGCUCUGACGAGCUGACGCGACAUUACCGUAAACACACGGGAGCCAAGCCCUUCAAGUGUGUGGCCUGCAGUCGUUGUUUCUCCCGUUCAGAUCACCUGGCCCUACACAUGAAGCGCCACCAAAACUAAACACACACACACACACACACACACACACACACACACACACACACACACACACGCUACGGCCACCUGAAGCAUCACCCGAACUGAGGGACAUCAUCCUGAAGCCCCCAAAAUGCAUUGCACCGCACUGCAUGAGGGCUGCGGAUGGACUGCCUGACUGACAGACUUAUCCUCCUUUUCAAAACUCCUUAUCACGAAAUAUUUGACACCAUCUACAACGAUACAAUGAUCAAAAUGUCUGCUCCUGACCUCACUACUAUCGGGAGGUAUGGACUUUCAAAGAGAUAGCGGGCCAUGGACGCCAGCCACCAAUUGAACCCACGUAAUAAUGGAUGUAUGCCUGUCUGUCUGUAUAUAUAGUUGUGUAUAGUGUGUCGUUGUGUGUGUUUCUGAAAAAGCAAAGGAUUUAUUGACAUUUUAUACUUGACUAUUAUUAUUUUUUUUUACACAUCUGCAGUUGAGAUUUCAUUCCAAUCAUGACCAUGUUGGAUAAUACUUUCAUGUCACAUGAGCUUCCUUAUAUGGUAACAUAUAUCUUCGUGACAAAUCAACAGAAUACUCUGGAAAACGCCGUUGGACAUCGUCUUACAUUGAUAAUAACUUGUUUCUAUUCAGGUGCCUGAGAGCCUGGAGCGUUUAGCCAUGUUUAUUAUUCUUUCUGUAACCACGGAGACAAACCUCUUUGAUAGGGGCUCGCAACAACAUUACCCUGCAUCUAUUUGCAGUUUCAUCUUUAAUAGUUUGUCUAACAGUUCAUGCAUGUAUUAUAACUUCUUAUUUUGAUUAUUAUGUUUUAAUGUUAAUUAAUUAGUCUUGUCCUGCGACCUCACUAUUUAUGUAUAAUAAUUACGGAGUUGAAUUUACUACAGCUCAAAAGACAAUAGUUAACCACAUUACCUUGAAAUUAGAAUCGUCCCCAUGCAGAUUUUGAUAUUUACAAAUCAGUUUU